UACCACGAGACUACGUCGUGAUUCUUUUUCCUAUGGACACUCGUGAUUUAUCUAUGUGUGCAGUUUGACUCAGCAUCAAUUCCUUUUACACCAUCUUCACAGGUAGCGGCUACCACUUCCGUUUGCUCACUUCCGUUUCGCGCCUUGUCGUCCGCCAUUAUUGCUUUGUUCUUCCUUGUGUUCACUGUCCUAGGUUGCGCGGCAGUUUUAACGGGUUUGGAGACCCGAGGUUGUACAUCGCGGGUUCCGUGAUGGAUGAUACAACUGAAUGUUAUGUACCAGCAGACAAGUUCCUCAUUGUAAAGUUUCCAAAGGAGGACAAUGAGGUGGCUGUCAUCCCAGACAGUUGGAUGUUGUCUGAAAAUCAGUGCUACUGGCCACCAGAGAAAGAGGAAAGAAAGAUUGGACUGUAUGUUCGUAAAAGGCGAACCUCUACAUAUGGCUGGCGAAUCAUUUCUUGCAUCAAGAUCGCCGAGUAUGACACAUACAGUGAGGCCCGAGAAAUGCUCCCAGUGGCAGAAAAUACAUCUGACUUGAACCCUGACGACAAGUAUGGGCGGGGAAUGAGAAAACGCUUCUCAGUCAUACGUAGCAGUGAUGAAGACUCUCCACCUCUGUCCUCUCAAAGGCACAAGCAACAUUGUACUCGCCGUAACCGCAGCCUGAGUCAGCCUCCGUUAACCUUGAACAGGGGCUCUCCAACCUUUAUGGCUGAAGAUGAAGAUGAUGACCUGACCUUUGACGCAUCAUCAGUGCAUCAACCUUUGCGGUCCCUUUCUCAGCCCGUUGUAACCGGCCGUUCAUGCUCUGGUAUGUCUCUGUGA